AUGGGAGGUUAUGAUCAAAUUGAAAAAGAUUUAGUUGAAACACGUUACCUUUCAGUCUCAAAAUGCAAUUUAUUACAAGCGUUAAGUGUUCUAGCAGAACAGUUUUUAUGUGAGAUUAAUGAAACAAUGUUCAGUGAAAGAUAUAUUCAAGAGGCUAUUUGUUUUCAUUACACUAUUAGUAAAUUGAUCUGUGAGGCUUUCUAUAAUAAAUUUAAUCCAAAAGAUGUUCGUGAAGAUAUUUAUAAUGAGAAAAUUGUUUUGGCUAAAGAAGCUAUUAAAAACAUUGAUUCAGGAAAAUACAAACAUGACAAAAGAAGAAAGACUAUACUUAGUUUUAUUGUGUCAUUAGUUGAAAGUAUAUUAAAAACUAAUUUCUUCUGCAUUGAUAAAUUAGCUAUUGGAUUCCGUUUAAGUCCUCAUUUUCUUGAUCAAAUUCCUGAAUUUGAUAGAACUACGAAAUACCCAGAAUUACCAUUUGGUAUUUUCUUCAUUUAUAAUAAAAAUUUCUUUGGAUUCCAAAUUAGAUUUAGAGACUUAGCACGAGGAGGAUUGAGAACAGUCAUUAAUAAAGAUAUGGAAACUGCAUUAUUCCAAAAGACUAAUAUGUUUGGAGAGUGUUACAAUUUAGCUUAUACCCAACAAAAAAAGAAUAAGGAUAUUCCAGAAGGAGGGUCAAAAGGAAUUAUUUUCUUACACCCAAAUAAUGUCAAAAAAGAUAUUGAAAUUAUUAAGAAGAAGUUAACUCUUGAAGGGUAUUCAGGUAAUAUUGAAGAAAUUAUAAAGAAUUAUGAAAAUAAUGCAAGAAAUGAAUAUUUGUAUUCUAUGCAAAAAUGUUUCUUAAAUACCUUUUUAACACUUAUCGUUGCUAAUAAAGAUGGAACUAUCAAAGAAAGAAAUAUCAUUGAUUAUUAUAAGCACCCAGAAUAUAUUUAUCUUGGUCCAGAUGAAAAUAUGCAUGAUUGUAUGAUUGAGUGGCUUGCCAAUGAGUCCAAAAGAAUGGAGUAUUUUGCAAAAGGUGCAUUUAUUAGUGGGAAAGAAGAAACCGGUAUUAACCAUAAAGAGUAUGGAGUAACUUCUAUUGGAGUAUUUGAAUAUGUUAAAUUAGGAUUAGAUUAUCUUAAAUUAAAUAACUACACUAUGAAAAUUACAGGUGGUCCAAAUGGUGAUGUUGCUGGUAAUUUAAUUCAUUUAGUUAAGAAAGAACAUACAGGACGAUGUAAAAUCACUUCAAUUUCAUCUUCUGUUUGUGCUAUUUUAGAUAAUCAAGGAAUUGAUAUCAAUGAAUUAGACCAAAUGUUCUUAAAAGGAAAGGCUCUUCAAUACUUUAACCCUGAUAAACUACAUGAUGAUGGUUAUAUGAUUAGAAUUGAUCAAAGAAGAACUUAUCAACCUUUUGUUGAGCAAUUUAAAAUAUAUAAUAAAAAGAAUGGUAAAGUUGAAGAAAAUUGGAUCGAAAUUAAUAAAGGAAUGAGGUUGUAUGAAACCACUGUCCAUCAGAACGUUGUUGAUGUUUUUUGUCCAUGUGGUGGUAGGCCAUAUACUUUAAAUGAGAACAAUGCUCAAAGUUUCUUCGUUAAUGAUAAACCAACUGCUAAAAUAAUUGUUGAAGGAGCCAAUUUAUAUCUUACUCCUAAAGCAAGAGAUGUUCUAGAAAAAAGUGGUGUGUUAAUAUUUAAAGAUUCAUCUGCAAACAAAUGUGGUGUUGUUUCUUCUUCAUAUGAAAUAUUAGGUGGGUUAGCACUUGACGAUGACCAGUUCAUUGCUAUUAAGAAACAGUAUGCAAAAGAAAUACUUAACCGUCUCGUUACCAUUGCUCAAGGAGAAGGAAAUUGCAUGCUUCAAGCAUAUGAUGCAAAAUACAAUUCUAGUUUAGUCAGUAUCAGUGAAGAGAUAAGUAGAAGAAUUAAUGAAUACACUGAUUGUAUUCAAGAAUUUUUAGCACCAUUGAAUUUAUUUGAUACAAGCAACAAGAAGUAUUUAAAUGUUUACAUAAAGUAUAUUCCAGAAUGUUUGAAUCUCUAUAAAGAACAAUUAAUGACCCGUAUUCCACAGAUGCAUAUGAAAGCAAUCAUUGCAACAUCUUUGGCAACUCAUUUAGUUUAUUCUAAGGGAUUAGUGUGGCACGUCUCAAUUGUUGACAUUCUCCCUAAUCUUCUUUAA